AUGGUAGAUUGUUCACCGGAUUCCCAGAUUCCACCGGAACCACCAAACAAAGGUGUUUCCAAUGCUGCUAACCUCACUCCUGUCUCCUACAACGACAUCCUUAAGGCCCAUACCCUCAGUGUCACAAGCUCUCUACCGGAGCUACUAACGGAUUCACCCAUGUUUGAACCUAACGAUUCAAGCGAUGUGGUUUCAUUAACAACGGAAGACAAGGAAUGGAUAUACGAACCAUGGUACUACACAAUUAUCAUGAAAGCAGUAGGUAGGAGAUUCAACCACCAACACCUGCGGAAGAAACUUGCCGAUCUAUGGAAAAUUACAGAUCCGUUUCCUCUUAUUAACCUUGGGAAAGACUUCUACACUGCAAAGUUUAAUAGGGAAGAUCUACAAAGGAAAGUGCUGCAACAAAGUCCGUGGUUCAUAGACGGUGCCUACCUUUUUAUUCGUAGUUGGGUUUCGAACUUUAUUCCCAAUCACUCCAGAGUGUUAACUACUGCAAUUUGGGUCAGACUACCCGAGUUACCAAUCGAAUUCUACGAUACAAUUAUCUUGGAGAAGGUUGGGCGGAUGAUCGGGUCCCUAGUAAAAGUGGAUGCUUGUACUUCAGCAACUCUACGGGGUUAUUAUACACGGAUCUGUGUGCAAAUCCCAAUGGAUGCUUAG